GAAUUUCAAAAUCCUUGUGCAAAUGGACUUUAGUUCUAUGCACAAACAAGUUUACAAUUCCGACCAUCGUUCAGUCGCAAACCACCAAAACUCGACCUACCAGCCAUCAGCUUUUCCUUCAACAACUGCCACUGGAUUCCCACUCCUAGCCAUCGUGUUAGCCUGCAUCACAGCCAUCACUUUUUUGAUCGUCAGUUACUUUUUGAUCACUAAAUGCUGCUACCCUUUAACCCAAUUCUUAAUGACCCGACCCACUACCUCAGAAGAACCUCCAUCAGUUUACUCGACUCCAGCAUGGCAGAACACUGGACUCGAUGAAUCACUUAUCCAACAAAUACCCAUGUGUCGAUAUAGCAAAAGGGAUCGCGAGAACAAAAGAUUACAUGAAUGUGUUGUUUGCUUGAAUGAGUUCCAAGAUUUAGAUACGUUAAGAGUUCUUCCUAGUUGUGACCAUGGCUUCCAUAUGCACUGCAUUGACAUAUGGCUGAGGGACAACCCAAACUGCCCGAUUUGCAGAUUGAACAUUUUGGGUACAGCCAGGUGUCCAACAGAUACUGUAGUCCCGACUUCUUCACCCCAAGAUCCGCCAUCUUUGGCCCAUAGCAGCCCGACAAGCAGUGACCAAGAUUUUGUUACAAUUGAAUUGGGUGAGGAUGCAAACGAGUCAAGAAAGUGUUGUAUUGAUUCGAUAAUUAGCAACGAAAGGACUAGCAGCAUUAAAGAUGAGCAGCUUGUGAUCCAACCCAUUCGAAGAUCUUUCUCAAUGGAUUCUGCAGUUGAUUGUGACAUUUACUUAUCAAUUCAAGAUAUCAUAAGAAACCAUGAAGAGGCCAGUAGGACGAAACGACCUUUCUUUUCAUUUAAACACACACGAGGAUCACGAAGUGCUAUUCUCCCUCUCGAGUUUUGA